UUUUGUGUACAUUUGAAGGGUUCAACAGUGUGGCUGAAGGUCCAGCGGAAGCGGAGCAGGCAGUAUCAUCAUCAUGUCUCAGAAGAGGAGGCUGGCGGGGACACAGAGCUCCCAGAGUCGUGUGUUCAUGCCAAACGAAGUAGUGAUGGAGGAGGAUGAAGAUGUAUCCUUCACUCAGCCCAGUUCCUCUCAGCUGCAAAGAGGACUGGACCGUCUCACACCUGCCCAGGUUGACCGAAAGGUGGCAGAGGUAGUACAGUUCAUUCUAAUUAAGGAUCAGAAGAAAGUGCCUAUCAAGAGAGCAGACAUUGUCAAGAAUGUCAUCAAGGAGUACAAGAACAUUUACCCCGAGAUCAUAAAGAGGGCUAAUAUGAAAUUUGAAAAGGUGUUCGGGUUUCAGCUGGUGGAGGUUGAUCCAAAGAAUCAUGCCUAUAUUCUGGUGAACAAGCUGGAGCAGAAUCCAAGGCAGCCUGCUGUUAUGAGCCCUGGACAUCCCAAGACUGGUCUGCUGUUUGUCAUUCUUAGUGUCAUUUUCAUGAAGGGGGGUGUUGUAAAGGAACCUGUGGUGUGGAAUACAUUGAAGAAGCUUAGAGUAGAUCAAGGAGAGAAGCACGAGGAAUUUGGAGAUGUGAAAAAAUUGGUUACAGAAGAAUUUGUCAGACAGAGGUACUUGGAAUACACACGCAUCCCCCAUACAGAGCCACUGGAGCAUGAAUUUCGGUGGGGUGUGCGCGCAGAGAAGGAGGUUGACAAGAUGAAGAUGCUGGAGUUUGUCAGCCAGGUCCAUGACCAGGAACCACAGACAUGGACCAAGCAGUACAAAGAGGCCAUGGCUGCCAAGGGUGGAAGCAGCCGGUCAUAGCUGGUGUUACUGUUGGAACUUAAGAUGGGUCCCACCCCAUAGAGGUCAUCUAGUACAG